CGAUGAGACUACCGCCGGUGACUAUUGAUCCAGCUCCGGCCGAUCCAGUACUUCUUCGGGGACAUGGCCAACAUCGUAUCGACUCAGUUUGGGCAAACGAGGCUGGUGAUCGAACUUACCAUGUUCGAGGUAAGACCAAUUUAGUGACGUAUCAUGAGCUUUAUCGGCCAUAUCUCGAAGCGGCUGGCUUGUUUAGUGUUUUGCCCCUGGUCCCUAUGAACUCCGAUGCAAGUUUGAUUACUCCGCUCGUAGAGCGGUGGCGACCCGAGUCCUCGACCUUCCAUUUACCGUUUGGUGAGGUCACGAUCACGUUAGAGGACGUUGUGACACUGUCCGGUCUGGCGAUCGACGGUGAUGCCGUCGUAGUUGACAUACCUGUUGAGGAAUGGUCGACGAUCUGUUUGAGACUGUUAGGACGGGUUCCGAGUUAUGUUUCAGGCGGUGUCGGUGUCGUUAGGACUGUUUGGCUGAGGGAUGAAUUCAGUCAUCAGCCGGGAAAUGCAUCCCAGGAGGUUACAGAGCAGUUUGCACGAGCUUAUGUUAUAUCUCUGAUGGGAGGUGUACUGUUCACAUAUCGGUCUGGAGCUACGGUGCACCUAUAGUACCUACUUCUGGUUGAGGAUUGGCAGAGAGCUCGACGGUUCGCCUAUGGACUAGCUAUUUUAUCCUACCUGUACCGUGAGAUGGGUAGGUCAGCUUUCCACAUUACGCAUUCCUUCACUUCUCUAGGCGGUGACCUUGGUGGAUGGGUCGCCCUACUGCAGCUCUCGGUGUGGGAGCGAUUCCCACAUCCUGCUCCGCGACAUUCAAAGACGAGGGUGCAGAUUUUCGAGGAUGCAUCCCCACGUGGUCUUCGAUGGCUUCCGGCCAACACUCAUCGGUAAGGUGACCAGCUAUUCCAGUACAAGCUGUGGGUUGACGAGAUGGACACCAUGGUG